AUGGUUUGGCUGAAAUGCUCGGCGACAGCAACGCGAUUCGGGGCGGAAUUUUGGAUCCAGCGAUACGAUUGGUACGCUCUCUCGAGGCUGAGAUCGUUCCUCAAGUACUCCGGCAAUGAGGCCGCUAGGGAUGGGGAUAAUCACGCAUUGCAGAACGCACCUGGGAUUCCGGAGCUGCUGGUCGCAUCUAAGGCGUGCAGCUGCUCCAGAGAUCUCGAGAUCGCCAGGAAAAUCCACACACAGGCGUGUGAUGGAUCGAACAUCUACUUGGCGACCAGCCUGGUGGAUAUGUUCGCCAAAUGCAGGAGCAUGAUCGAUGCCUGUGCCGUCUUCGACCGGAUGCCUUGUCAGAACGUCGUCUCGUGGACAGCGCUAGUUCUUGGGUAUGUGGAAAUUGGGAAGAAUGCUGUGGCUUUGGAGGUUUUCACGAGAAUUGCUGCUCCAGAUGCUUUGAGCUUUGUUGCGGCGCUGGUUGCUUGCGCGAACUUGGCUACGGCUGCUUCGGACGACGGUCACCAGCUCAACCAAGACAAGCUCCAGUUCUUGGAAACGGGAAUGGCACUUCACUCCCGUGCUCUCCAAGCUGGUUACGACGAAUCCAUUGUUUCGCUGGCGAAUACACUCAUCAGCAUGUAUGCCAAGUGUGGAAGCUUGGUCGACGCAAGGAUGGUUUUUGAUCGGGCUCCGCAGCACACUGUGGUGUCUUGGAACGCAUUGAUAGCUGGAUAUGUUGAGAACGGAGAGGAGGAACUGGGAUUGGAACUAUUCUGGUGGAUGGUCCAGCAGCACCAGCAUUGUCUACCGGACUCUCGGACACUUGUUGCUGCUCUUACAGCUUGCACCAGCUUGGUUUCAAAAGAAGACGGUGUUAAAGUCGAUGGGAAGUUGGUCAAGCUCAAGGGAAUGGAGCAAGCUAUGGCGAUCCACUCUCAGGCUGUACGAGCUGGACAGGACAAACAAGUUUAUGUUGCGAGCAGUAUUAUCAACCUCUACGCGAAGUGUGGGAGCAUGGUAGACGCGAUCUUGGCUUUCUACAGGAUGGAAACUCGGGAUGUAGUGUCCUGGACAUCACUGAUACUGGGAUACGGGGAAAGCGGGGAAGGCGAACUCGGUCUAGAACUCUUUCGGCAGAUGCAAGCUCAAGGGUGUUAUCCCGACGCUCGGACUUACGUUUCUGUGCUGAGAGCAUGCGGGGAUUGUGCGGACCGAGACGAGAAUGUGACACAGGUUGAUGGAAAGCUGGUGAAGGUCACGAGCUUGGAAAAGGCAUUUCCUCUUCACUGCCAAGCUGCCAGGGACGGCUUCCUGGACAACGUAUUCGUGGCGACUAGUCUGGUGGACGUCUAUGCAAAGUGUGGAAGCCUUCUGGACGCUCGCAUGGUGUUUGACAGGAUGCAGUAUCACAGUCCUGUGUCCUGGAAUGCAUUGAUCCUGGGCUACGCCGAGAAUGGUGAUGCCGAGGUGGCCCUCGACAUAUUCUCGAGAAUGAGAGCUCAAGACGGCUGCGAGGCAAGCGACUCCCGAGCUUUCGUAGCGGCUUUGAUAGCAUGUGGGAGUCUGGUGGCACUUGAGCUUGGGAAAGUAGUUCAUGGCGAAGUCCUUCGGCUUGGACUCGAGACAGACACUUACGUUGCCAAUUGCUUGGUGGAUUUCUACUCGAGGUGCGCUAGCAUGGCCAGUGCUCAUCGAGUGUUCGAGUCCAUCAGUAGCAGCAGCAGGAACUUGGUGACUUGGAGUGCGUUGAUGUGUGGCUACAGUCGUCGCGGUAAGACCGACAUGGUAUUUUCACUGUUUGAAAUGCUCAAGAACGAAGGACACCGCGCAGAUGGUAUCACCUUCCUCGCACUUCUCACUGCUUGCAGUCACGCUGGUCUUGUAGAACGAGGAAAGAGGUACUUCCAGGAGAUCCUCUCUUCACAGGAGACCAAGCCUUUAGCUCAGCACUACGACUGCAUGGUCGAUCUUCUAGGCCGGGCAAAUUAUCUUGACGAAGCAGUACUGCUGGUGAAGUCCAUGCCUUAUAAGCCGAACGUGGUAACUUGGAACGCUGUCCUGGGAGCCUGUCGGAAGUGGAAAAAUGUGGAGCUUGGGAGGCUGGCAUUCAAUACACUGGUGGAGCUCAACGAGAAGCAAGCGUCCACUUAUCUCACCAUGGCAAGCAUCUACGGAAGCGUUGGUAUGUGGGAAGAGCAAGCCAAAAUCUUGUCCAUGAAGCGGCUCGCGAGGCCUUGGAAGGAGCCUGGUGUGAGCUGCUGGACGGAUCAUCAUGGUGUGGUACACAGGUUCAGAGCUGGAGAUUGCUCGCACGCUCAAAGUGAAGCUGUUGGAAUCAAGCUCAAGCAACUACUGGUUCGAAUGAAGGAAGGAGGCUAUGUUGCCCAGCUAAGCAGUAUUUCCUGUAACGUCUCGGACUGUCAGAAAGAGGAGGCUUUGUGCGAGCACAGCGAGAGGCUAGCCAUUGCUUGUGCACUCAUCAAUACCGCUCCAGGUGCAGUCAUUCGGAUCGUAAAGAACUUGAGAGUUUGUGACGACUGCCACCAAGCGACUGCUGUUAUCUCGGCGAUCGAGCGGAGACGUAUCAUCUGCAGGGACUCGAGUCGCUUCCACGUCUUUGAAGGUGGGAAGUGCAGUUGUGGGGACUUUUGGUGAUCCUUGUUAUCUACGUCCGUGGAGUAAUACGAGGAGGUGGCGAUCAAAGCCAUCGCUUUCCAAGGCAUUGAAAUUGAGGUUUGCAAGACCAAGUACAUGGUAAAGCUAGAAAGUUUCCCAGGGAAAACUAAGGGGAACAAUUUCCUUCUUCAUGAAGAGUCCGCAAGUUCUCUUGCGAGGAUUUUUUGCUGUGGAAGAUGGAUUUCAAGGCGUAAGCUGUUUGUAUC